CCCCAAUCAGUUACACUUGAACCAUACAGAUACUCUCACUGUAGAGAAGCAAUACCCUGAUUAAACUAAACGUUCAUCAGUAAAAUGAACCUGUCAGCCUGUAUUACUCUUGUCCUGAUUGGAACCGCAAUUGGAAAGUCCGGACUUAAUCCAGGAAUUCAAAGUAAAAUCACACAGAAGGCUUUAGAGUAUGCCAAGCAAAUUGCCAUCACUGUUGCUGAGGAGAAGAUUAAAGGGUUUCAACUGCCAGAUUUAAGUGGGUCGAUAGACCUACUGGGGUGGAUAAACUAUCGUAUCACAGGGAUGCACCUUAAAAAUUUUGGAUUGCCGAGUUCCAACAUAGGAUUCAUCCCCAAUACUGGAGUCAAAUUUUCAGUGGAUAAAGUCUACAUUGAGAUUGAUGGACGGUGGCAUGUGACGUUUGGGCUGAUAAAAGAUGGUGGAACCUUCAACCUGAACAUCAAAGAUCUCUUAGCUGCAUUCAGUGUCAACAUUUCAGAGGACAGCUCUCGACCAGCACUGAGUUACAAUGAUUGUGCCGCCAGUUUAAACAAUUUCGACCUUCAGCUUCACGGAGGGGGCAGCUGGUUUUACAACAUGUUCCUUUCUCAAGUGAAAAGUAAAAUCAGAGAAGUUGCUCCUCAGAAGCUGUGCUCUGAGUUUAGAAAUACAAUUGGAAAGCUAGAAACUUUCAUCCAGACACUGAAUACUUCAUGGCAACUGGACAAGUACGUGGAAUUUGACUACUCCUUAGUUGGAGAACUAGAAAUUACAAAUAACUCCAUUGAUCUUCCUAUUAAGGGUGAAUUAUAUGAUGUUCAAGACCAUGUGGAGUCCCCAUUUACUGCUCAAUCAUUUAAGCUUCCAAAUACCACUGAUCAAAUGCUGAUGCUGGGUCUGUCGGAGUAUUUUGUUAACACGGGAGGAUUUGCGUAUUUUUCAGCUGGAGCUUUGCAUUUUAACAUCACAGAUAAUAUGAUUCCAAAGGACAUACCAGUUCGACUCAACACAUCCAGCCUGAAAAUUUGGAUGCCUAAGGUUGCAGCACAAUACCCCAACAUGUUGAUGAAAAUUGCGAUGAGUGCUUCAAAGCAACCAGUUGUAAGGCUUGUUCCGGGAAAACUCACCGCUGAUGUAUUUACUGCAGCAGAAGUAUUUGCAAUCCUUCCAAACAAGUCCUUAGCAGAACUAUUUGUGCUGGGUGCUACAGCCAGUGUGCAUGGACAGAUAUUCAUUUCAGACUUGAAAGUGUGUGGGACAGUGUUUUUGAACAGGGUGGACCUCACUGUGGAAGAAUCUAAAGUGGGGCCCAUCCCUACAGGGGCAAUGGAAAUAGCACUGAAUCUGGGGUUGCAGAAGAUGGUGAUUCCGAAGAUAAAUGCAUUGCUGAAAAAGGGAUUCACCAUACCAACCAUGGACAAAGUAUCGCUGAAGAAUCCAGUUCUUAAAACUGAACAGGGUUUAAUAGUGAUCACCACCGAUAUUAAAUACAGAAACUGAAAACCAAAAUACUGCAAAAUGGAAAACCAAACUGCAGAGAAGCUGUCAAAUUCAUCUAGAGUUAACAGACAACACCUACUUAUAUCUUAUCAUAAUCUCACAUGAUUCGCCUGAAUGACAACACAAAUUAAAUCAGCUUUGCAUCAUUGCAAAA